GUUGAGAAGAUAAUGUUUUUUUUUAUGGCGGAGCAAUCACAAAAGAAAACCAAAAGAAAAUUUGAAGUAAUUUCUUAUAUUGAUGAGUAAAUUGAAGUGCGCUGAUUACUAUUUUUUAGGACUCGAUUCCCUUGCAUAAGUUGUGAUUUUUUACUUUUGAUGAAGACUUAUGAUCAUGAAUGAUAAGAUGUCAGGAAACUUAUUAUGUAUGUUCCUUUUUAUAUUUGCGAAAUUGAAUAAUUUGAAUUCUUUCAUGGUAACAAAUAAUAACGUAGCUUGAUUCAUGCAUUUACUAAUCUGUUAUACUAGUGUUAUUCAUCCGGUCAAUGGCGUACCCAAAUUUAGUAUAAAAUACAAGGUUAUAAGUUGUGGUUCUAUUUCAAAUUAAUCAUGAGAAAGUCAUCCAUAACAAAAACUUUUGGCUUCGGAUAAUGAAAUGAACACAAACUUUUCCACUUUCCCUUCAAUUUGCAUUCUAUAAGGUUUUAUAGAAUAAUAAAUGUUUUAUGGGGCUAGCUUUUGGACCAGUUUUCUUUAUUUCCCUUUUUGGAUGAAAAGACUCGAUGAUUUUUAGUUGUGCCAUCAAAUUUCAACACGUUUGUCAAAGUUAUCUAGUAUAGGUAAAUGAAAGAUGAAGUAAUGAAAAUCGCCAAAAAUAUUUUUCUUUGGAUAUGAAUUUUGGUGUGGGAAUGUGUACCAAUGAUCUCACAACACUUUUGAUAAAAGCUAACAGACUAGGGCCUGAAGCCUUGGCAGGGUUCAUUUGGAACAAAGCAGUCUGAAUUUCAGUAUUAGUCAUUGGCUCACAUAAUAACCUCUUCUCUGUAGUUGACAACUUCUUUGUCACACAACUUUCUAUGCCAGCAAACUGGGGAGCAAUUUCCCUAUUUGGUUCACCAUACAACAUUUUAUAAAAUCCCACUACUUCCUCAGCAAUCUGUUCUGGUUCAAUAAUUGUCUGACCUGAAUCCAAUACCAACUGUCUAAUAUGCUUUCUAGCAGUUCUUAUUUUGACAGAUUUAUGAAAGAUGGCCGAAUUAGAGUCCCCCCAAUGCAAACCCCUGAAUUCUUGACUUCUGAUGAUAGAAACUUUCCUCAGCCUGACUUAAUUGGUGAUAGUGUGAUGUUGCUUGUUUUUCCUGCAUCAUAGCUUGUACUAGAGGGUUCCUCAAGAGCCAGAAGUUGCUUGUUUUUCAUCUCUUGUUCAGCUGCUCUUACUCUGCCAGAUAUAUCAGAAAAAUCUAAAGUGGAGAUCCCCAACACUGCUCACUCCAACUUCCCUUCAAAAUAGUCCAGAAUUUAUCAUGAGCUAGUCAGCCAGCUACAUAUAAAAAAAUCUAAAAGGUUUUGGAAAUGACUUCCUCAAAACCUUAGGGUGCAUCAGUAUGCCACAGUGAUAUGAAAAUAGAGGUGCUAAAAAUUCCAUUAUAGAUUCUGGUAGCCUAUCUAUCCAAUCAUCAUUCAUAAGCAGUCUAUCUAGUUUCCUAGCAAUUGGGUUACCUUGUUGCUGGUUCGACCAGGUAAAGAAAGGACCUGAAGCCUGAUGGUCUACAAGUUCCAUAUCUUCAACCCACUCUCUAAAUGCCAGCAUACUACUUGUAAUGGAGACUUCAUUUGAAGCUUCCAUAGGGUUAAGGACCACAUUGGAAUCCCCACCUACAGCCCAAGGAAAUCUUUUCAAAUCCAUGUACUCUAUGCCCUAUAUGUAGCAAGCCUCUCCCCCUCAUUAGAAGCAUAGACCACUGUUAAGAAAAAGUGUUAGUACUAGUAACAGAGACUAAAGCAUGAAUAAAGAAAGCACUCCUUACAAGUACUCUCAACUGCACGCCUGACUUCCAUGCUAACCAUAUCCUGCCCAAUUUAUUAUAAGUAUAAUUUUCUUGAAACUGAAAAUCAACAAACUUAUCUUUUAUCUUUUGUGCCUUCUUUUCUUGAACCCUUGUUUCUAGAAGUGCCAGGACUACCACUCCAAACUUUAGCAUGCACUCCAAAACGGAGUCAUGCUUCGAGGGGUUAAAACCCCUAGCAUUCCAGAUGAGAACUAUCAUUUCUGAAGAGGUGGUACCAGCAAUACCCCUUUCUGGCUUCUUAAACCUUCACGACUUGGUGUUGCUGGUGGCUUCUGCAAUUGCACCCCAAUUCCUCUUGUACAAAUCGAAACAAACGAGUUCCCCAGAUUCAAUGGUGUAACAACCUCGAGAGCCUUUUGCUUAGCUACAUUCACAAAUCACAACAAUACUAAAUCAAUUCAAGAAUGAAGAACUAUUUCAUUAACAAUGUAAAAUACGUUAAACAAACUAUCCAAUAAAUACAAGAUCACUCAUAAAAAAAGACCUUACACAAUCUACACAUACUAUCCAAUAAAAAAUAAUUGAACGUUAUAAAUAAAUUUUGCAACAACCACCUCAAUGAUCUAUCCAUAUCAUACUACCCCACAACUUCAAAAUUACCCAAAAUGUGAACCCCAAGUGGAAAAAGUCAUUUCCUAUUUCUCACACUUUCUUCCCUCUGCACAAGUCACAUGACUCUAGCCAAUUUCGUUGACCCCAAAGUCAAAAUUUCUACCCAAAAUUUUAUACCCCUAAUUAUUAAUAUAAAUAAAAAAAUAAAAAAUCAAUCCUCCCACCACCACCAUAAAAAUCCGGGUUAAUUAUAUAGUUAGUCACUAAGAAAUAUUUAAAUCCAAUCUUGGUCACUCAUAUUAGUUAAAUGGUUCAUGUUUGGUCACUCUCUAUCCAUUUUCGUUAACUCUAGCUUAUGUGGUAGUCAACUUUCAUAGUUGACCGUUAAAUAUGUGACUUGGCAACUAAAAAAUUAUUAAAAAUAAACUUUUAUAUUUUCCACCGCAUUAUUACAUUCAUUUAAACAUAAAAAACCUAAUUUCUUUUCUACACACCCCCAUACCCUACCCGACCCAACCUCACCACCACCAAAACACAACCUCACCAGCUUCUCGUUGAAGAAUUGCUCCGCCGCCAGCGGCCACGUCACCAUCGGAACUCCAGCAGCAAUCGCUUCCACGAUAGAGUUCCAGCAGCAGUGGGUAACGAAUCCACCCACCGCCGCGUGCCCUAAAAUCAGCAGCUGAUGCGCCCACCCUUCAAUUACCAAUCCUUGCUGCGACGGCUAAUCUGUAGUGGUCGGCGUAAAGAGGUUCCAAUUCGUAGAAACUGUUGACGAGAAUGCCAUAGGAAUCCCUGUACGAAUCUUUUUGAAGAAAUGGGUGAAUACGCUUUCAGACUUCUAAGCUUCCGUGAUUUGGCCCUUGGUGAAUUCGUUUUUGUCCCGGGGGAGAUUCGGGAUGACGAAGAAUCGUCGUCAGAAGAGACUCUACUGUGGGGGUCGUGUUCGACCAGGCUCUGUUCGGCGCAUAGGGAGAAGAACAAAUUCCCGCCGAAAACUAUCUUAGGGACGCCCAGACUUGCCGCCAAUUCUGUGGUCCAGGUGAAGAAGGUGUCGGCGACUAAGCAAUCGAGGCAGUGUUGUUCCAACAAUUUUUUGAGGGGCUCAGCGAAGGUGGAAGCGGAGUUGGAGAAGUGGGCCGCCGGAGGUUUUGUGUUCUAGUGGUGAGGUUGGGUCGGGUAGGGUAUGGGGGUGGAAAAUAUAAAAGUUUAUUUUUUUAAAUUUUCAAUAAUUUUUUAAUUGCCAUGUCACGCAUUUAACGGUUAACUAUGAAAGUUGACUGCCACGUAAGCUAGAGUUAACGAAAAUGGACGGAAAGUGACCAAACUUGCUGAAAGGCUAAAUGUCGCGCCUAAUUUUACUGUUAUCACCCUAAUCUAAAAUAUAAAAUUAUCCUUUAGUUUCCUAAACAAAAUUAACAAAAACAACCGCCCUUAAAACCCUAAUUAUUCAUCCUCAUAAGAAGAAAGCGGCUAAACUCCCUCCACCGCCGCAAUCCCCUGCACUAAACGAUUUUCACUGCCAACGAGGCGACCACCUCCAACCGACCCUUCGCCGCGAACGGAGAGCACUCCGAAGUCCCUCUUCUUUCUUGUUGUCAUCGUCCUCCAUCACCACGCCCCGCUCCUCCUCUAUACUACCGCAAUUGGCAUGGUUUCCUUUAAGUUUGAUAAUUAGGGUAAUAGUUAGAAUAACUUGUCAUGAGAGUUUGAUUUGUUGUGUGUUAGGUGAUAAUGAUUGCGUGUUAGAUGGAAUUGUAAUCAGGCUUUUUUGCCUUUGUAUGAAAGACCUUGGUCGCCUUUUGCACUUUGCCGGAGGUGGGUAAUGGUGGCGGCAUCCGGUAACGGCAAUGAUGAAUAAUGGCAGCGGUGAAUCAGAUUCUCGGGUCAACAUUUUUAUUUUGUUUAUUGGGUGAUGAGUUGUGCUCGUUAGGAUAAAAUAUAUUCUAACAAUAAAAAAUAGAAGGAUAAAAAUGUAAUUUUAAUUUUAUAGUUAGGACGAUUUAAUAAAAGUUAGGGCCACGUUUAGCUAUCCCCAUAAAUUGACGGCAAACCAAUCAGAUUCUGACAUGUCAAAACGAAACCAGCUUGACAGUUGUUUCUCUUUUUUCUUCUUUUUCGUUUGGCCUUUUUUUUAAUCUUUACUUCAUCUGCAGACUACUCUUCUCUUCACCAAACUUUAUCCACUUUAUGCUUCAUUCAUCUUCUCAAUAAAACUCUAAUUUCACCCCUUCCAUCCCUCUGUAUUUAACAACGGUGGAUUUGAAUUUCCCAAUUCAAACCUUAAACCCUGAUAAUGCUAGUGUUGUGGUAUAUGAUUCACGAUUAAACAUCUCCCAACAACUCGAGUUAUUGAGACCAACUGGUUCUUGACAUGGUAUCAGAGCCUUCUGUGACCGAGAGGUCUUGUGUUCGAUUCCUGGUGAUCCCCAUUUGUUUAAGCACAUAGUAUUCUUGUCUUCAGACCUACACAAACUUCAAGCCCUUGUGAGUGGCUUUCGUUUGAGUGGGCGUGUUUAGGGUUGUGAAACAGUCCGGUUCGGUUUAAACCGGAUCGGAUUGACCUAAUUUUUUACAACCGUAUUAGAUAAUCCCACGACCGAAGACGGGAUUGGAUUCAUGGAUUGUAACCCAGUUUUGACCAAACCGAAUUGGAUGCAAUACGGUUUGGUCCGGUUUUAACUAAACUGGAUUGGUUUAU